AUGACGACUACAUCUGUCCGUUCCCCUGCUCAUCCUCGAGCUCCUUUGUCGUACUUUCAGCAGCAGCAGCAGCAGCCGCUGCAGCAGCAGCAGCAGCAGCAGCAGCUCUCUCUUUCUUCCCUUAAGUUGCAGUCUAGUGUCUUGGGCCCCCCCCCAAGGGCUGACCGCUUUGAUAAGCAGCCGCUGCAUGCGUCGACCUUGGGGCCCCCAGGGGGCCCCCAGGGGGCCCUAAUGGGGGCCCCAGGGGGCCCACAUGAGGGUCCUAAUGGUUCCAUAUAUGGGUACCUUGGAGGUAUAAACACAACAGCAGGUGCAGCAUUAGCAGGAGGAGGAGCAGCAGCACAGCAGCAUGGUAACGGCAGCAGCAGCAGCAGCAGCAGCAGCAACUCGCGAUUUGCUUCUCUUACUACAGGAGGUAUAUCUUCGCAUGCAACCUCUGAUGGUUAUGCGUCUCCUCUUGUAGGUACUGCAGCAACAACAGCAGCAGCAACAACAGCAGCAGCAGCAGUAGCAGCAGCAGCAGCAGGAGGAACAGGAGCAGCAGCAACACGGCCUAAUUGGGCUCAUACAAGCGCUAUUCUUAGCACCACACAGCAGCAACUGCAGCAGCUAGAGCAGCAGCAGCAGCAGCUAGAGCAGCAGCAGCAAAUGCUGCUAGCAGACUUUGACGAUUCUUUCUCUAAUCAGUCGCAGCAGCAGCAGCAGAUGGGCUCAUCCUUAUCAGCAGCAGCAGCAACAACAACAGCAGCAGCAGCAGCAGCAGCAGCAGACAGCACGGAUCUCCCUACACAAGCAGCAGCAGCACGCCGUCGUCGUCAUCGCCGCAGCAGCAGAAACUCCCUUAACACUACCUUUGACCUGCAGCAGCAGCAGCAGCAGCAGCAGCAGCAGCAGCAGUAUUUGCAUGCAUUAGGUUCAUCAUCUAAUGCUUUAGGGCUACGCCGCAUGCAUGCCGAUGACCCUAUUCAGUUAAGGGGCCCCCUGGGGGCCCCCCUUGUUGACAAUACUAUAGGGGGCCCCUCAGGGGGCCCCCUGCUGCAGCUGCGCAGCGAAACAACAGCAGCAGCAACAGCAGCAGAAAGGAUCUUGAAUAGAUCAAGGAGCCUCCGGGGCCCCCCCGCCCCUACUGAGCGGCUGCGCAGUAGCAGCGCUAUUGGCAGCAGCAGCACAACAGCAGCAGCAGCAGCAACAGCAGCAGACGGCGGAGGGUCCUUGCUGCAGCAGCCGCUGCACUUGAGGGGCCCUGCUGCUGCUGCUGCUAUAACAGACACAGCAGCAGCAGCCACAGAUCUGCAGCAAACUACACAGCAGCACCAAACAGCAACAACUAGCAGCAGCAGCAGCAGCAGCAGCGCGAUGAGGAGUGUAUCGGCUACCGCUGCUUCUUUUAUGGCUAGACAGAAGGCACAGUACGAGCAGCUGCUGCGGCGAGUAGAGGGGGAGAGGCAGCAGCAGCAGCAGCAGCGGCAGAAGCAGCAUGCAAAAGAGAUGCAGCUACAUCAGCAGCAGCUACAAUUACAGCAGCAGCAGCAUGAGCUGCAGCAGCAGCAGCACGAGCUGCAGCAGAAGCAGCAAGAGUUGCUGCUAAUAGAGCGUAAAUUCAAUGAGCAGCGCGACGCCAUAGAGCAGCGGCUAGCGGAUCGUUACCAAUUGAACGAAGAACGUCUGCAGCUACAAGAGCAGCAAUUCGCCUUUGAUGCAGCAAUGCAGCAGCUGCGUGCAGAGACACAGGAGUUGGAGCAGCAGCAGCAGCAGCAGCAACAGCAACAGCAGCAGCUACAGCAACAAGAGCAGCAGCUAAUGCAACGCGAAUUAGAUCUGCAGCAGCAAGAGACAGAAAUUAAUAAUCUGCGCAUGCAGCUGCAGCAGCAGCAAGCAGAUCUUGAUGCAAGAGAGGACGAUCUACGGAGGCAGCAGCAGCAGCUGCAGCAGCAGGAAGCAGACCUGCAGCAACAGCAGCUAAUGCUGCAGCAGCAAGAAGCAGAUAUGCAGCAGCAGCAGCAACAAUUUCAAAGACAGCAAGAGACGCAGCAGCAAGAACUGCAGCAGCAAUAUUCUAAUAUUGAACAGCAGCAGCAAAUGCUGCAGCAGGAGCAGCAGCUGCUGCAGCAACAGCAGCAGCAACUGCAGCAGCAGCAGGAAGACUUCAAGAGAAGGCAGCAAGACCUCACAAGACGUCUAGAUGAGGCAGCAAUUAGAGAGAAAGAAGCGGAGGCUGCUCGUAGAGACUGCAGCAUGGAGCAGCAGCAACUGCAGCAGCAGCAGCGUAACUUGGAGGAGAAGGAGGAGCAGCUGCAGCAGCUGCAGCAGGAGUUGGAGAGGCAGCAGCAGCAGCAGCAGCAGCAGCUAGAUGAGAGAAGAGCAGCACUAGAGAAGGAGUAUGCAGAGAGACAUGAGCAGCUGCUAGAGGAGCAGCAGCAGCAGCAACUGCAGCAGCAGCAGCAACUGCAUGCAGAACUACAGGAGGAGAGACAGAACCUGCAGCAGCAGCUGGAUGCUCAGCUGCUGCGUGUACAGGAGCAGCAGCACAAUGCAGCAAGAGAGAGACAGGAGCUGCAGCAGCAGCGUGUACAGCUAACACUGCAGCAAACGGAGCUGCAGCAGCAGCAGCAGGAGUUGCAUGCAGCAGCACAACGUCUACAGGAGGAGGAGCAGCAAAUAGAAGCAGCAAGACGAUCCCUAGCAGCAGAGAGAGAGGAAUUAGAGCAGCAGCAGCAGCAAGCACAAGAGGAGCUGCAGCAAGGACAGCAGCAGCAGCAGGAAGCAUUAGAUUUGCUGCAGCGGCUGCAGCAAAGAGAGGAGGAACUAAGCAGCCAACUGCAGCAGCUGCAGCUGCUGCAGCAAUCCCUAGCAGCAGAUAGGGAAGCAUUUACUAAUGAUUCAAUAAGAGCAGCAGCAGCAAGAAAAGCAAAAGAGAGACAGCUGCAGCAAAGGGAGGAGCUGCUGCUGCGGCAGCAGCAGCAGCUAAAAAAAGAUAAAGCUGCUGCAUGCACACUGCAGCGGAUAACACAACUAAGAGCAGCAGAGACAGCAGGAAAGAUGAAGAAAUUACCUAUUACUGCAUCUAUUCCUGCUGCUGCUGCUGCACCUCCUGCUGCACCUCCUGCUGCUGCAUCUGCUGCUGCUGCUACAUCCGAAUUGGUGCUGCAGCAGCGACCCGCUGCAGCAACUGCAGCAACACCUGCAACAAGUACAGCAGCACCAGCAGCAGGAGGGGAAGGAAGUAGCAGGACCAAUAAGAAUAUACAGAUAUACACUGCUGGAGGACCCAGCAGCAGCAGCAGCAGCAGCAGCAGCAGCAGCAGCACACGUACGGGUUCUGUUGGUGGUACCAGCAGCAGCAGGCGUGGCAGCAGCGCAGAGGUCCGUGCUAGACGAGCAGCAGCAGCAGCAGCAGCAGCAGGUGUUGCUGCACCAAGCACUGCAGCAACAGCAGUACCAACAUCAGCUUCUGUUUCUGCCCAACAACGAAGAGCAGCAGCAGCAGCAGCAGCAACAGCAGCAACAGCAACAACAGCAGCAACAGAGAGCGAUUUACCCUCAGCAAAUGAUAGCAACACGUUAGGUAUACGUGCUCGUUCCCUCCGUCCUACUACUGGUGCUGCUGCUGCUGCUGCUGCUGCAGCAAACAAAAGCAGCAACAGCAGCAGCAGCAGCAGCAGCAGCAAUAAGCCACCGUUUGUUCAUCAUUCUCCCUUCUUAGAUGAAUGGCCAUUAGAUGAUCUUGAUGCAGCAACAGGAGCAUUACGUGAUUCUCCUGUAGACACAGCAGCAGCAGCACCAGCAGCAGCAGGAGCACCAGCAGCAGCAGGAGCAGCAGCAGCAACAGCAGCAAAUGCUGCUGCUGGGUCACCUACAUCUGCUGGGUAUGCUUCCUUAGAGGCAUCACCCUCACGUCUAACCAUAGGGAAAGGUGCACCUUCACGUAUAUCCACACUAGGGGGCCUACAGAACAAUAUCAGUAUAACACGGCCAACCACAUCUUUGCUGCAGCAGCAGCAGCAGCAACAGCAGCAGCAGCAGCUGCUGCUGCAGCCGCAGCAGCCGCUGUCUAGGCCACCGUCUAGUACCCUCACCUUUUUACAGCGGCAGCAGCAGCAGCAGCAACAGCAGCAGCAGCAGCAAUUUGCUGAGGGUUCCUCGGAUGGCUUACUUCCUAGCAACAGGAAUUCCUCCCUCCCUAGUGUAGGAGACAGUCUGCUGCUGCGGCACCAGCAGCAGCAGCAGCAGCAGCAGCAGCAGCAGCAGCAGCAGCAGGUAUCAGCAGUAAGCAGCAGGACACUCCCUACUAUCUCUAGUAUUAGAGGCAUUGGGCAGCAGCAGCAGGACAGCAGCAGCAACAGACUGCAUCAACCUUCUGCUGCUUGCGCAAGUGCUGCUGCUGCAGCAGCAGCAGCAGCAGCAGGAACAGCUACACUGACUCCGCAGCAGCGACUCAGCGCCGGUACCUCCUUACGUGGAGGAGUAACAGGUGAUGACAGCAGCAGCAGCAGCAGCAGCAGCAGCAGCGGGGUAGGUGGGAGCUUUACGACAUUUGCUGAGAGGAGACGACUGCAGCAGCAGCAGCAGCAGCAGCAGCAGCAGCAGCUGAAUCACUCUCUAUGCCGCGAGCCUCCACAACUUAGUAACCCUUCAUCAAGCUCACCUCCCCGUUACCUGCAUCAGCAGCAGCAGCUGCAGCAGCUGCAGCAGCAGCAGCAGCAGCAGCAUGCCAAGAGUUAA